GCACCACAGCGGAAGCUCACGACAGUCGCAACGGCGCUGCUGUCGUGGCUCCGUCUGCUGCAAGCAUUAAGAAUUAGCCCUUCGGAAGUUAAUGAAAUAAUACCGUCUCCUCGUUGAUCCUUCGUUUUAUCCUAUCCUAUCCUGUCCUAUCCCUCUUACCCGAGCCAUGACCUCCUUCUUCUUCUCCACCCCUGUCGACAUCGACAUCGUCCUCGAAGAUAGCGAUGAGCGCCAGACCGUCGACGUCAAGCUCGACAAGGGUCGCAGGGAAAGAGUUCCUCUUUAUAUGGACGGAGAGUCCGUCAAGGGUGCCGUCACCGUUAGACCGAAGGAUGGAAAGCGAGUAGAACAUACAGGCAUCAAAGUGCAAUUCAUUGGCGCGAUUGAGAUGUUCUAUGAUCGUGGCAAUCAUUAUGAAUUCCUCUCCCUGGUUCAAGAACUCGCGGCCCCUGGCGAACUGCAUCACCCGCAGACAUUCCCCUUCAACUUCAAAAACGUCGAAAAGCAGUACGAGUCCUACAAUGGAAUCAAUGUGAAGUUGCGAUACUUCAUCCGAGCCACCUUCUCGCGGCGAAUGCCACCCGUCGUUCGUGAAAAGGAUAUCUGGGUCUACUCUUACCGACUGCCGCCUCAGACCAACAGUCCGAUCAAGAUGGAUGUCGGUAUCGAGGAUUGUCUGCACAUCGAAUUUGAAUACUCCAAAUACCAGUACCACCUGAAGGAUGUCAUUGUAGGCCGCAUCUAUUUCCUUCUCGUGCGCCUCAAGAUCAAGCACAUGGAGCUCUCCAUCAUCAGACGCGAAACAACCGGUACCCCUCCCAACCAGUAUAAUGAAAGUGAAACCUUGGUUCGCUUCGAGAUAAUGGACGGUUCGCCUUCGAGAGGCGAGACAAUCCCCAUCCGACUGUUCCUCGGUGGAUUUGAUUUAACACCCACCUUCCGAGACGUCAACAAGAAAUACUCUACGCGAUACUAUCUCAGUUUGGUCCUUAUCGAUGAAGAUGCUCGCCGUUACUUCAAACAAUCCGAGAUCGUGCUAUAUCGCCUAGCUCCCGAGUUCGCAGCCACUCCGCAAAUAGCACAGCAACAGCAAGCCCAACAGCAACUUCAGCAACAACAACUACAGCAACAUCAAUAUCUACCGGGCGCGGCCACACCUGGACCGGGAAGGGACGUGGAUCAUCAGCAGCAGCAUAGCGCACCUGCGCCUACAGCUUAACUGGCUUAAGUCUGUUCCUCCUAUCCCUGCUGAUAUCAUCCUUUUCUUCUCAUUCACUGUCUUUGCGGCAGUGAUGUAUGCUACUUUUCCUAUACCCUGUUGUCUUUUGUACUUUGUAGAUUUGCAUUGUUAUGUCUCUUUUCUCUCUUUCAGGUCUUCUGCUACUUUGGAUGCAUGUAUAUGUAGCGCUCUGAUUGAGGGAAAUAGACAAUAAAUGAUUAAUACAUAGCCCAGACAUCUCUGGAUCAGUG